GUUAGCGGACGGCCAGAAAGGAGCAAGAUUGUAGGCACGAGAGAUUCUUCGGGCUUGGAGGCUUUUCGCUCCUCGGAGAGUUACGUAACCGGAGCAGUGCUUUGGGCGCGGAGACUCCGCGGUGUCUUUCCUGGGGAGAUGCGGUUUUACCGUGCCCAGGACAGCCUUGUACACAGCUCCUCCUCAUCCUCCUCAUCGGACUAGCCACGGCGCGGCCCUGGGCUCCUAGGUGACCCAGAGCCGUGGCCCCAGGAGGACCCCGCGGAAGAGAGCUGCAGUUGGAGAACGCGUGUUUUGAAAAAUAUGUGAGAAAGGGAAUGUGUUCCAGAGACCAUAGCACGAGCGGGAACCGACAGGCCUGUGACUGAAACAGGCUUGUAAAUCAAGCUCAAAAACACCACUUGAUUCCAUAUUCGUCAUUACUUUACAGACAGGAACAAGUCCUGGUUUGGUUGGGAUGUUCCAGUAAUUCUGAGAAAUUCAGAAGAGACCCAGUUCAGCACAAGAGCUUUCAAGAAACAAAUGAGACAAGUGAAGAAUCCUUUUGGCUUAGAGAUCACUAAUUCGUCCUCAGCUUCUCUAGCAACAGGCCUGACCUUGAUGGCAGACUGCCUCGAGGAUAGUCACCUCACGUGCUACUGGGGGUGCAGUGUCCAGAGGCUCUACGAGGCUCUUCAGAAGCACACGCACUGCUUCAGGAUAAGCACCCCGCGAGCUCUGGAAGAGGCACUGUACAGCGACUAUCUUCACCGAGAGCAGUAUUUUAUCAAAAAGCACAGCAAAGAAGAACUAUAUUGCCAGUUACCAAGUGACACUGACAUUGAAGACUUUGGCCCGGUGCCCAGACCUCGCUAUCCAUUGGUAGCUCUAUUGACCCUCGCUGAUGAGGAUGACCGAGAAAUUUAUGACAUUAUUUCCAUGGUGUCAGUAAUUCAUAUUCCUGAUAAGACUUACAAACUUCCCUGCAGAAUAUUGUAUCAAUAUUUAAUCCUGGCUCAAGGUCAAUUUUAUGAUCUUAAGCAGCUUUUCAUGUCUGCAAAUAAUGGUCCCACUCCCUCCAGCAACCCCUCUCCAGCAGACACAAGUGCAGAGCAGAGCUUGUUGGAGAAGGCGGGCCUGGCUGGGACAGAGGUGGAGCCAGUGGAGGAGAGCAGCAGGGACUGCGUGGUGUGCCAGAACGGGGCCGUGAACUGGGUGCUCCUGCCUUGCCGGCACGCGUGUCUGUGCGACAGCUGCGUGUGCUACUUCAAGCAGUGUCCCAUGUGCCGGCAGUUUGUGCAGGAAUCCUUUGCACUUUGCAGUCAGAAGGAGCCAGACAAGGAUGUGCUGGAAACUUCCUGAAGGUACCACAGCUGGAGUCUGCACUUCCCACGCAAGGGGCAGAACCUUGUGUCCUUAGAGUCAAUCCUAACACAGAAGCCGCAGUCCUGACUGUCGGAGAGAAUUCUAUUUUCACUUCGUACUUGUAUGAUACAUGAAUGAUGGAAAUAAAUUCUUCCUGCCCAGUA